AUGAAGAAGCUGCCAUUCAAACCAACGGCUCUGCGCAAGCCUUCGCUGCCGCGGCUGGCCUCUAGCGAAGACGACUCCAAAGGCGGCGACAAUGACGACGGGCUCGCCCUCUUUCGAAGAUCAAAGGAGAUGGAGCCCAUCAUGGCCGCCGACCGCGAGCGGAGGAUGAGGAAGAAGCAGAAGCAAGAUGAUGAGCGGAGGAGGCAAUCUGCGCUGCUGGCAAAGCGAUCGCGCGACGACGACGACGACGACGACGAGGAUUCCCUCGACGGGCCGCACGACGACCAACUCGACUUCCCCGAGCAGCCGCCCAGUGCGCGCGACCAAAGCAUGCCCGCGGUCGAUCUUUGCCGGCCGGAAAAUGGAGAAGAUGGCUUCAGUGAACUAGUCACGCCACCCGCGUCGAAGCGCUCGAGAACCGAGUCCACGCAGUCGAAGAUGCCCAGCCUCGGCUCGGAUGAAGCGGACCUCGUCAUGGAGGAUUCGCCGUCGAAACGGCCAGAGCGAGCCCAGUCGCAUUUCACAACGCCGAGCAACAAAUCCAAGGAGAUCGCGGCCGCACCACCCAGCGCUCAAGCCACCGCCGUGGUGGUCUCGCCGUCGACGCGGCGUGGACGAUCCCUUUCACAUGGAGCAACUCCGAGCAACAAGCCCGAGAUUGCGGCCGCCCCAAACAGCGCUCAAGCCAUCCCUCCCGACUCUGAAGACGACGACGACGACGACAGUGCCGACGAAGACGACGAAGUCCAAAUCAUCGACACUCCUCCAAUACGUCGCAGGAGCGGCGCCGAAAUCACCGACACCGCAUCCGUGCCAUCGCCGCCACCCGCAGACGAUGACGAGUUUGGCGAAUACGUUCGCAGGGCCGAAGAACAGCAUGCGCGCGAUAGGGCGCUGCUGGGGAGCGGGGCGGACAAAGGCCAGGGCCGCGAGACGGUUGACAUCUUGGUCACUUCAACGGUGCCAAACGCAGGGCCGUGCCGCAUGAAGUACCUAUUCGACAAGCCCCUGCGAGUGGUGCGGGACAGCUGGGUGGCGGUGCAACGGAGAAACGGGGUGCAGCUCCCACUGCAGCACGACGACGACGUGAUUCUCACGUGGCGGAGGAAAAAGGUGUUUAUCUUUUCCACCCUGCUCAACCUCGGCAUCCGCCCGCAAGGCGACGGCCGUAUCCAGGUAGAUGGCCAUGGCAGGGAGGGCCUGGCCGACAGCCGGACGCGCGUCCACAUGGAGGCGUGGACGCCCGAGCUCUUCCAAGAAAUGGAGCAACAGGAGGAGCUGCGGCGGAAGCGCGAGGCGGGCGAGCUGAGCGAGUCAGAGGACGAGGCGGCCGACGAGUCUCCCACGCCCGAGGUCAAGAUCCGUGUCAUCCUCAAGGCGCGGGGCCUCGAGGAUGUCAAGCUGACGGUGCGGCCGGAGACGACGGUGGAGACGCUGGUGGUGGGAUUCCGGACGCAGCGAAGCAUCGGCUCCGACAAAGCCGUCAGCGUGGUGUUUGAGGGGGAGCGGCUCGAGGAGCACGUCACCAUGGAGGACGCAGACAUUGCCGACAUGGAUCUCAUCGAUGUCCAUAUCAAGUAG